UUUACAUUUAUGGAAAACCCGUUGUUAGCCAAAACAGACGCCGUUAUUAGUAAUUCAUGAAUAUUUUUGAAAGAAAAUCCUUUGCUAAAGUUUUACAACGAUGCGAACAGUACCAAAAUGGGUUAAUAAGAUCCAUGAAGCUGAUAAAAUUGAAUCAUCAAGUGUACAUGCAAUAUGUUUUAAUCCUGAAGGAACACAGUUAGUUGUUGGUGCUGGAGAGAAAGUAAUGGUGUAUGAUCCAAGGGAUGGUGCAUUGGUUCAAUUGCUACAAGCACAUAAAGCAGCCGUGUAUGCUGUUGCCUAUUGUGGAGAUGGUAAAAAGUUUGCAAGUGGCAGCGCUGACAAAAAUGUUAUUAUAUGGACAUCAAAGAUGGAAGGAGUUCUUAAAUAUUCACACAGUGAAUCUAUUCAAUGUCUUGCAUAUAAUCCUGUGUCUCUACACUUGGCAUCUUGUGCUUUGUCAGACUUUGCAUUCUGGUCUGCUGAUGUGAAGGCUGUACAGAAGUACAGGGUUUCAGGACGCAUAACAAGUUGCGCUUGGUCACAAAAUGGACAGUUUCUGGCUAUCGGGCUUGCCAUUGGUGCAGUAUCUUUGAGGAACAAAAUAGGAGAUGAAGUACAGUUGAUACAAAGAGAAGCACCUGUAUGGGCUGUAACAUUUUCAAAUAGCACACUUCUAGUCACAGACUGGAAUGACACAAUGUCAUUUUAUAAUGUACAGGGAAAACAAGUGUUAAAAGAUAGGUAUAUAGGUAUAGCAGCAUUGUCAAUAACAAUAUUUGAUGCGCUUGUGCUCGUUGGUGGCAUUGGUGGAUGGGCGGUGCUGACAACAGAGGGUGUUGUUAUGUUGAACACGCCUCAGGAUUGGGUGUGGGCCGUUGCACCAUCAACCUCACAGAAUACUAUGGCGGUGGCAUGUCAAGAUGGUACUCUAUGGUGUUAUCAGAUAGUGUUCAGUACAGUCCACGGGUUGUAUCGUGAAAGAUAUGCGUAUCGGGAGAAUAUAACUGACGUUAUAAUACAACAUUUAACCACUGGUAACAAAGUGCGGAUCAAAUGUCAUGACAGAGUUCAGAAAAUUGCCAUAUAUAAACAUAGAUUAGCGGUACAACUACCAGAGAGGGUGGUUGUGUAUGAACAAGGAGAUCCAGAUGGGAUGAUGUAUCGGGUGAAGGAAAAGUUGCCGCAGAAAUUGGAAUGUUCCCUUCUUAUUGCUACAAGCGAUGCUUUGCUACUCUGUCAGGACAAUAAGUUGUCGAUGAUCGGGAAAAAAACGCCAAGAUCAUGGUCUUUUCCCGCGCCGAUUCGCUACGUCAAAGUUACUACAAUAUAUUUUAUGGAAGUUCUUCUCUUAGGCCUUCUUAAUGGACAGAUAUGGCAAGUUGAACCCAAAGAAGGUAGUUCUAAAGUCAUAGUGACAACGUCAUCUGGUGUAAGAUGUCUAGACGUUAGCGCUUCACGUAGUCGCCUGGCUGUUGUUGAUGAUCUCUCAGUCUGUAGAGUUUACUGUUUACCAACUGCUGAAUUGCUAUAUUCCGAAGAGAACAUAUCAUCUGUAUCUUGGAACUCAUUGUGUGAUGAGUUACUUUGCCUGUCAGGUGGCGGCCUGUUAUCUAUAAAAGCAGGCAAAUACCCAGCAGCCACGCAACCUCUUACAGGAUCUGUUGUCGGAUUUCAGGGUGGUCGUGUAUUCUGCUUGCAAGCGAGCGCUAUGCAAACCAUCAGUGUUCCACUCUCCCAUGCGGUACAUCAAUAUGUUCAAAAGAAAAUGUUCAAUGAUGCAUAUGCGGUAGCUUGUUUAGGUGUGACCGCACUCGACUGGGAGCGACUUGGUAUGGCGGCGUUUGACGAACUCGCUUUCGAAGUCUCGAGGAAAGCAUUUCAGCGCAGUGAAAAUAUCACUUAUCUCACACUCAUUGAUCAAUUACAGGAAAGAUUAGAAGCCGGAGAAAAGCGUGGUGUAGUGCUAGGAGAAGUUCUAGCCUACAGGGGAAAGUAUAACGAGGCUGCAAAUUCGUUCCAAACAUCGGGACGCGACGACCGCGCUCUAAACUUGUACCUUGAUCUCAGGAUGUUUAAUAAAGCACAGGAGUUGGUCGGUGAGGGCGAAGGCCUAGCGGCACUGGGCAGAAGGCGCGCGGAGUGGGCGCGGCACGUGAGCGAGCCCCGCGCCGCCGCCGAGAUGUAUCUCGCUGUGGGCGACGUACAACGCGCCGCGCAACUCAUGGCGGACAAUGGACGUAGAGAUAUGUUGAUAGAGUUGGCACGCAAACUGGAUAAAGGGUCGAGUGAAUCACUCCGGUACGUCGCUGAGGCGCUGGUGACAGUGGGGGAGCCAGCCGCAGCCGCUGAUGUCUAUCAACGUCUCGGUGAUUACAGGAAAGUGGCUCAGCUAGCGAUAUCAGCUGGUGAAUGGCAGCGUGCUUUUACAUUGGCUCGUGAACACGCGGAAUGCAGGAGCGAAGUUUAUCUUCCGUAUGCACAUCGCAUGGCACAAGAGAAUAAAUUCAUUGAAGCACAGAAAGCAUAUCAUAUGGCUGGGGAAACCUUAACAGCAAUGCGUGUAUUUACCGUGUUGGUGGGUAAUGCAGUGGCUGAAGAGAGAUUCUCUGAUGCUGGCUAUUUACAUCAUCUUCUCGCCCUCCAAUGUCUAGAGACAGCUAAUACCGAUGACAAAGAUCGUGAAUCAGCGCUUCGUAGCUAUGAGUAUAACGCGGGUUUGUCUGCGGUGUACAACGCUUACGAAUCAGUACACCGCUGUAUACACGAACCGUUUUCACUGACACAACCGGACACGCUGCUGAAUGCAGCUAGAUAUGUGUACGCGUACGUUGAUGAUAACGUACCACCACCAGGGCUAUCAUUAUUUUGUUUGUACCUUUGUAUUGCGAAACAAGCAAAGACUUUGAAUGCGAACACACUGGCGCAACAGAUGUUAGACAAAAUCCUCAAUUUACAAAUACCGCAAAAAUUUCAGGAAAGCGUGGAACUAUUAAUACUGAAGAGCCGGGCAACCAGUUGUGGUGAUAACGAUGAGGAGGUGGCUCCUCUGUGCUGGCGUUGUCGGAGACAUGUGCCUGUCUUGUGCACUACGAGGUGUCCAAAUUGCUCUCACCAUCUCACACAUUCUAUGGCAACGUAUGAAGUCCUACCUUUGGUGCAGUUUGUACCAGCUGAAGGUAUAUCUAUGGAGGAAGCGUUUGAUCUAUUAGAACGUACGCCGCUUCCUGAAGCUGCAGUCAAAGAUACGAAUGAAGCUGACAUCCUUCGAAUAGACCAUGACAUCGAUUCAUCAGAUCCCUUCUUAGAUAAAAUUGAAGAGGACGAUGAAUCUGGUGUAGUGGUAUGUAGUCGCAAUGCUUUGCUACGUAUGAAUCCAGCUAGCGUAGUGAUUGUGCAACGACCGCCGCUACCGACAACAUUCUACAGAAAUAUGUUGCCAGAAUUGCCCAUCGCUACCUGUUCACAUUGCCAGAAUCUUUUCUAUAUGGAAGACUAUGAAAUACAUAUAGUUACUAAGGGUCACUGUCCAUUCUGUCGUCAUCCACCUGAUGAGAUAAACGAAGAGAGUGUAGAUGACUUACUCAAUGGAUCCGAUGCUUCAACAUCGGACAGUGUAAGCAAUGGACAUAGUACAUGGCGUUAAUCAACAAUAAUCAACAAAAAUUUGGGAUAUUUGUAGCACUUAAAAUUAACUUGACAGCACAAUAGAAUAAAAGAACUUUGAUGUGAACGAUUAACAGUCGGUUUCUGAGACCCAAAUCUAAGUUUAAAAUAUAUUUUUAUCUCUUGUUUUGUCUAUGAUAGUGAGAAGGAUGACGAUAUGUUUUAUACAGAUU